GUCAUGUCCACAUCAGAAAACUUACCUCCAAAUGCUUACAGAUUACCUCGUUCUAACCAAUUAGAGGGAUUGAUGACGAUCAUUAGGGAUAAGAACACAUCAAGAGGAGAAUUUAUUUUCUACUCAGAUCGUAUCAUAAGACUUCUCGUAGAAGAAGGUUUAAAUCACUUACCAACUUUACCUAAGCAAAUUACUACUGAGACAGGAGAAGAUUAUGAUGGCGUUGGAUUUGAGGGAAAGGUCUGUGGUGUUUCCAUCCUUAGAGCCGGUGAGGCUAUGGAAAGUGCACUGAGAGAAUGCCUUAGAUCCGUAAGAAUUGGUAAAGUUCUAGUUCAGCGUAAUGAGGAAACAGGUGAAGCUCGUCUCUAUUAUGCCAAAUUACCAGAAGACAUACACGAAAGAUUCGUUUUACUUUUGGAUCCUAUGUUAGCCACUGGCGGAUCAGCCAUACGCGCGAUAGAAGUACUUCUCAGCAAAGGCGUAAAGCAAGACAAGAUCGUCUUUUUGAAUGUCUUGAGUGCACCUGAAGGACUCAAAGUUAUGUAUGAAAAAUACCCUAAGAUGAAGAUCGUUACUGGAUGGGUCGACAGAAAGCUCGACGAACGUAAUUACAUCGUUCCAGGUUUGGGUGACUUUGGUGAUAGAUAUUUUGCCUAGGCGUUCAUAAUAUUUCAUUGAUAAAUAUAGAUGAGGAAUUGAUGUACAUACAUAACUUUUAAA